AGAGGGAGUGUUCCCCCGAGGUCCUCAAGUUGCAGCAGCGAGCGUCUCCAUAACUGAAUGGAAGAAAAUAACUUUUAAUCACCAUUUUGUCGUGUAUAGAAAGGAGUUUGAUAAGAAUAGCAAGAUGACUCCAGCCCGUCUUCACUCCCUGUGUCUCCUUGUACUUUAUUUGACAGCUGGAAAUGGCCAAGAUGGGAAAUUUAGUGGACCCUUGAAGCCCAUGACUUUUUCCAUUUAUGAAGGCCAAGAACCAAGUCAAGUCAUAUUCCAGUUUAAGGCCAAUCCUCCUGCUGUGACUUUUGAACUAUCUGGGGAGACAGAUGGCAUAUUUAAGAUAGAACCUGAUGGACUUCUGUAUUACAUUACAGCCCUGGACAGGGAAACAAGAGCCACUCACAAUCUCCAGAUUGCAGCCUUGGAUGCUCAAGGAGUGACAGUGGAGGGUCCAGUCCCCAUCACCAUAGAAGUGAAGGACGUCAAUGACAAUCGUCCCAUGUUUUCUCAGGCAAAGUAUGAAGGCUCAGUGAGGCAGAACUCUCGCCCAGGAAAGCCUUUCAUGUAUGUCAAUGCUACGGACCUGGAUGAUCCAGCCACUCCCAAUGGCCAUCUUUUUUAUCAAAUUGUCAUUCAACUCCCCAAGAUCGACAAUAUUAUGUACUUUCAGAUCAACAACAAAACAGGGGCAAUAUCACUUACCCGACAAGGGGCUCUGGAACUGGAUCCUGUUAAGAACCCUUCCUACAAUCUGGUGGUCUCAGUGAAGGACAUGGGAGGCGAGAGUGAGAACUCCUUCAGUGAUACUGCAUCUGUAGAUGUUACAGUGAAGGAGAAUAUUUGGAAAACACCAGAGCCUGUGGAGAUUAUGGAAAAUUCAACCGAUCCUCACCCUGUGAAAAUCACCCAGGUGCGGUGGAAUGAUCCAGGUGCGCAGUAUUCCUUAGUUGAAAAGGAAAAGCUUCCAAGAUUCCCAUUUUCAAUUGACCAGGAAGGAGAUAUUUAUGUGACUCAACCCUUGGACCGAGAAGAAAAGGAUUCAUAUGUUUUUUAUGCAGCUGCAAAGGAUGAGUAUGGAAAACUACUUUCGUACCCACUGCAAAUUCAUGUGAAAGUUAAAGACAUUAAUGAUAAUUCACCGUCAUGUCCAUCUCCAGUGACUGCAUUUGAGGUCCAGGAGAAUGAAGCAUUGGGAAGCAGUAUUGGCAUCUUUACCGCCCAUGACAUGGAUGAAGCAAACACUAUCAACAGCAUCUUGAAGUAUAAAAUUGUGGAACAAACCCCCAAAGUUCCCAUAGAUGGACUCUUUUUGGUUGAAGAAUAUGAGGGAAAGGUCCAAUUAGCUAGACGGUCCUUGAAAAAGCAAGAUGCUCCUCAGUACAACUUAACAGUGGAGGUGUCUGACAAAGAUUUCAAGAUCUUCUGUGCUAUACAAAUCAACAUCAUUGAUAUCAAUGAUCAGAUUCCCAUCUUUGAAAAAUCAGAUUAUGGAAACCUGACUCUUCGUGAAGACACAGCUGUUGGGUAUACCAUCUUAACCAUCCAAGCCACAGAUGCUGAUGAGCCAUUUACUGGGAGUUCUAAAAUCCUGUAUCAAAUUACACAGGGGGACAGCGAGGGAAGACUGGGGAUUGACACAGAUCCCCACACCAAUGCAGGAUAUGUCACAGUUAAAAAGCCUCUGGAUUUUGAAACAGCAGCUAUUUCCAAAAUUGUGGUCCACGCACAAAAUCCUGAGCCUCUGGUACCUGGUGUCACAUACAACUUGAGUUCUUUCGCCUCCUUCUUUCUUUUUGUGACGGAUGUGAAUGAAGUACCUGUGUUUUCCCAGCCUGUCUUCCAAGCGGAAGUCAGUGAGGAUGUGGCUGUGGGCACUAAAGUGAGCAAUGUGACGGCCCAGGAUCCCGAAGGUCUGGACAUAAGAUAUUCCCUGAGAGGCGACACAAGAGGUUGGCUUAAAAUUGACCCCAUCACGGGUGAGAUCUUUAGUGUGGCUCCGUUGGACAGGGAAACUGAAAGUGUGUAUCGGGUGCAAGUGGUGGCCACUGAAGUAGGCGGGUCCUCCCUGAGCUCCACCUCGUUUUUCCACCUGGCCCUCAAGGAUGUGAAUGACAACCCCGCAAGGCUGGCCAAGGACUACACAGGCUUGUUCUUCUGCUACCCCCUCAGUGCGCCUGGAAGUUUGGUGUUCGAGGCCACGGAUGAUGAUAAGCAGACAUUCCGGGGUUUCCACUUCACAUUUGCCCUCGGCAGCGAAAGCUUACAGAACGACUGGGAAGUUUCCAAGAUCAACGGCACUUUUGCCAGGCUUUCCACGAAGCACACCAGCUUUGAGGAGAGAGUUUACAAGAUACCGAUCCGCAUCAACGAUGGGGGCUGGCCACCUUUGGAAGGGACGGUCAAUUUACCAGUUACUUUUUGCACCUGUGUGGAAGGCAGCUGUUUCCGGCCAACAGGUAGACAGGCUGGGAUACCCACUGUGGGUCUGGCAGUUGGUAUACUCCUGACCACUUUUCUAUUCAUUGGUAUAAUUUUAGCAGUUGUGUUUAUUCACAUCAAGAAGAAAGGCAAGAAUAAUGUUAAAAAUGCUCAGGCAUCUGAAGUCAAGCCCCUGAGAAGCUGAAUUUGAGAAGGAAUGUUUGACUUUAUACUACAUCAAGUGCUAUCUCAAUGACACAAGUGUUUAAUCUCAUUUUACUUUUCAUCCAACAUAUGCGCUGUAAUUUUUUUACAGAUAUUCCCUCUUGCCCUGAAAUAUUUUACUUUUAGAUAAUUCAUAUACCAUAGACGUUAGAAAUAUUUUCCAUUUUCCCAUGACAUUUUUCCCCUCUGUAAAGCCUCAAACUUAACCCAAACUAAAAAUGUGUGUUCUUCCCCUUUGGGGAAAGACAGAGCUGCUUAAAUAUUCAGGACAUUUUUUUUGUUUCAUCAAAGGGAGUUAUCAGUUAUCCAUCUUACAACUUUCUGGAUUCCAUGAAUGCUUUUUCUAAUUCCAUCCUAUGCCCCAUUUGUCCAUAUCUCCUUUUACUGAAUUACAAUAGAACAAAGUGAGGUCUUGGGAAGAAAUAAAAGAGCAGCCUUCCCCCCCUGGUAACAGAAACUGUUAUUAACCACCCUUAACCUAAUGUGUCAGUGUUGCUCUCCUGCUUGGGAUGGCCCAGGGCCCAGAAAACACCCAACACUGUUUCUGAAAAAGCUUACUUCAUAAACCGGGGGGCGGAGACCAACCAGGCACCUGGGUUUUACCAUGCUUACAUGCCACACAUGUUUUCUUUUGUAUAUUAAUAAAGUUUUGGUUAUUAUAUAUUUAACAUGUGAAAGAAAAUAAGCAUGAAAGUGGUGAUAAAAAUCAAGAAUAAAGGUUGGUCCUGGUUGUUUUUGUUUCCCUGAUCGCUCUGCCUGGUUCUUUUCAUUUGUUGAUGGGAAGGACUGGAUAACAAUGGUUAUGGUUAUCU